UCCCAGCGCUCCACCGAGCUGGCGGGUGGGGGUUUGGCCAGCUUCCGCCGCCGCGUCGCUCCGGGGUCGAGCGUCGCGUUCACGCUGCCUCCGUCGCCGCGGGGCAGCUGCUGGGGGACACGGAACCGAACCAGGGGCGCCCUGCGGCGUGGCCAUGGGACUGCACCGAGUCCGGUGACAGUGGGCAGCCCAGCGGCCCGGGCCCUGAGCGCGUCUCCGCCGGGGGGCCUCGCCCUCCUCCUCGCGGGGCCGGGGCUCCUGCUACCGUUGCUGGCGCUGCUGCUGCUGCUGGCGACGGCGGCGGCCAGGAUCAUGUCGGGCCGCCGCUGCGCUGGCGGGGGCGCGGCCUGCUCGAGCGCGGGGGCCGAGGCCGCCGAGCCGGCCGCCCGGGAGCUGUUCGAGGCGUGCCGCAACGGGGACGUGGAGCGCGUCAAGCGGCUGGUGACGCCGGAGAAGGUGAACAGCCGCGACACGGCCGGCAGGAAGUCCACCCCGCUCCACUUCGCCGCAGGUUUUGGACGGAAAGAUGUAGUCGAAUAUCUACUUCAGAAUGGUGCAAAUGUCCAAGCACGUGAUGACGGGGGCCUUAUUCCCCUUCAUAACGCAUGUUCUUUUGGUCAUGCUGAAGUAGUCAAUCUCCUUUUGCAACAUGGUGCAGACCCAAAUGCUCGAGAUAAUUGGAAUUACACUCCUCUCCAUGAAGCUGCAAUUAAAGGAAAAAUUGAUGUUUGCAUUGUUCUCCUACAACAUGGAGCUGAGCCGACCAUUCGAAAUACAGAUGGAAGGACAGCAUUGGAUCUAGCAGACCCAUCUGCCAAAGCAGUACUGACUGGAGACUAUAAGAAAGAUGAACUUUUGGAAAGUGCCAGGAGUGGCAAUGAGGAAAAAAUGAUGGCUCUACUUACACCAUUAAAUGUCAACUGCCAUGCAAGUGAUGGCAGGAAGUCAACUCCAUUACAUUUGGCAGCAGGCUACAACAGAGUGAAGAUUGUACAGCUGUUACUGCAGCAUGGGGCUGAUGUCCACGCUAAAGAUAAAGGUGACUUGGUACCAUUGCACAAUGCCUGUUCUUAUGGUCAUUAUGAAGUAACUGAGCUUCUGGUCAAGCAUGGUGCCUGUGUAAAUGCAAUGGACUUGUGGCAAUUUACCCCUCUUCACGAAGCAGCUUCUAAGAACAGGGUUGAAGUCUGUUCUCUUCUCCUGAGUUAUGGUGCAGAUCCAACAUUGCUGAAUUGUCACAAUAAAAGUGCUAUAGACUUGGCUCCCACACCACAGUUAAAAGAAAGAUUGUCAUAUGAGUUUAAAGGACACUCAUUGCUGCAAGCUGCACGGGAAGCUGAUGUUACACGAAUAAAAAAACACCUGUCUCUGGAAAUGGUCAAUUUCAAACAUCCUCAAACUCAUGAAACAGCAUUGCAUUGUGCUGCUGCAUCUCCAUAUCCUAAAAGGAAACAAAUAUGUGAAUUGUUGUUAAGAAAAGGAGCAAACAUCAACGAAAAAACUAAAGAAUUCUUGACUCCUCUGCACGUGGCAUCUGAGAAAGCUCACAAUGAUGUUGUUGAAGUAGUUGUGAAACAUGAAGCAAAGGUUAAUGCAUUGGAUAAUCUUGGUCAGACGUCCCUGCACAGAGCUGCACAUUGUGGACACUUACAAACUUGUCGUCUACUCCUGAGCUAUGGAUGUGAUCCUAACAUUAUAUCCCUUCAAGGCUUUACUGCCUUGCAGAUGGGAAAUGAAAAUGUACAGCAACUCCUUCAAGAGGGUAUUCCGUUAGGUAAUUCAGAGGCAGACCGACAAUUGCUGGAAGCUGCAAAGGCCGGAGAUGUGGAAACUGUAAAAAAACUGUGUACUAUUCAGAGUGUCAACUGCAGAGACAUUGAAGGACGUCAGUCUACGCCACUCCAUUUUGCAGCUGGGUAUAACAGAGUGUCUGUGGUGGAAUACCUGCUACAGCACGGAGCUGAUGUGCACGCUAAAGAUAAAGGAGGCCUUGUACCUUUGCACAAUGCAUGUUCUUAUGGACAUUAUGAAGUUGCAGAGCUUCUUGUUAAGCAUGGAGCAGUAGUUAAUGUAGCUGAUUUAUGGAAAUUCACACCUUUACAUGAAGCUGCAGCCAAAGGAAAAUACGAAAUUUGCAAGCUUCUGCUCCAGCAUGGUGCAGAUCCUACAAAGAAAAACAGGGAUGGGAAUACUCCUUUGGAUCUUGUUAAAGAUGGAGAUACAGAUAUCCAAGACCUACUUAGGGGAGAUGCAGCCUUGCUAGAUGCUGCCAAAAAAGGUUGUUUAGCCAGAGUGAAGAAGUUGUCUUCACCUGAUAAUGUAAAUUGCCGUGAUACCCAAGGCCGACAUUCUACCCCUUUACAUUUAGCAGCUGGUUAUAAUAAUUUAGAAGUUGCAGAGUAUUUGUUACAACAUGGAGCUGAUGUUAAUGCUCAAGACAAAGGAGGACUUAUUCCUUUACAUAAUGCAGCAUCUUAUGGGCAUGUAGACGUAGCAGCUUUACUAAUAAAGUACAAUGCCUGUGUCAAUGCCACGGACAAAUGGGCUUUCACACCUUUGCAUGAAGCAGCCCAAAAGGGACGAACACAGCUUUGUGCUUUAUUGUUGGCCCACGGAGCUGAUCCUACUCUUAAAAAUCAGGAAGGACAAACACCUUUAGAUUUAGUUUCAGCUGAUGAUGUCAGUGCCCUCCUGACAGCUGCUAUGCCUCCUUCUGCUCUGCCUUCAUGCUAUAAACCUCAAGUGCUCAAUGGUGUGAGAAGCCCUGGAGCCACUGCAGAUUCUCUGUCUUCUGGUCCAUCUAGCCCAUCAAGCCUUUCUGCAGCAAGCAGUCUGGACAACUUAUCUGGGAGUUUUUCUGAACUGUCUUCAGUAGUUGGUUCAAGUGGACCAGAGGGUGCUUCCAGUUUGGAGAGAAAGGAGGUUCCAGGAGUAGAUUUUAGCAUAACUCAAUUUGUGAGGAAUCUUGGACUUGAGCACUUAAUGGAUAUAUUUGAGAGAGAACAGAUCACUUUGGAUGUGUUAGUUGAGAUGGGACACAAGGAACUCAAAGAGAUUGGAAUCAAUGCUUAUGGACAUAGACACAAACUAAUUAAAGGAGUAGAAAGACUUAUCUCUGGACAACAAGGUCUUAACCCAUAUUUAACUCUGAACAACUCUGGUAGUGGAACAAUUCUCAUAGAUCUGUCUCCUGAUGAUAAAGAGUUUCAGUCUGUGGAAGAAGAGAUGCAGAGUACAGUCCGUGAGCACAGAGAUGGUGGACAUGCAGGUGGCAUCUUCAGUAGAUACAAUAUUCUCAAGAUUCAGAAGGUUUGUAACAAGAAACUAUGGGAAAGGUAUACUCACCGGAGAAAAGAAGUUUCUGAAGAAAACCACAACCAUGCAAAUGAACGAAUGCUAUUUCAUGGUUCUCCUUUUGUGAACGCAAUUAUCCAUAAGGGCUUUGAUGAAAGGCAUGCGUACAUAGGUGGCAUGUUUGGAGCUGGGAUUUAUUUUGCUGAAAACUCCUCCAAAAGCAAUCAGUAUGUGUAUGGAAUUGGAGGAGGUACUGGAUGUCCAGUUCACAAAGACAGAUCGUGUUAUAUUUGCCACAGACAACUGCUCUUUUGCCGGGUAACCUUGGGAAAGUCUUUCCUGCAGUUUAGUGCAAUGAAAAUGGCACAUUCACCUCCCGGGCAUCACUCUGUCACCGGUCGGCCCAGUGUUAAUGGCCUAGCAUUAGCUGAAUAUGUUAUUUACAGAGGCGAACAGGCUUACCCUGAAUAUUUAAUUACUUACCAGAUUAUGAGGCCUGAAGGUAUGGUUGAUGGAUAAACAGUUUUAGGAAACUCAUUCCACUGAACCUAAAAUCUCCAAAGCAGCUGGUGGCCUAAGUUUUAUUUCUUUGCUGGUCAUACUCAUCUUGCACAUGGCUCGUAACAAAAGGAUAAAAAUGUGAAAGAAGUUUAACAAUUCUGACUUGAUUAAGCUUUAAUAAUGUACAGUGUUUUCUAAAUAUUUCCUGUUUUUCAGCACUUUAACAGAUGCCAUUCCAGGUUUAACUGGGUUUGUCUGUACUAAAUUAUAAACAGUUCCUUGAACCUUU